GUAAAUAAUAUAAAAUGCCUCUUCCGUGAUGCCAGGCCACUUCAGCACUCAGCUGACCACACAGAGUCCACGAACAAUUUGAUUAGGUUCCUUCAAAGCUGCGAUGUCUCAGUACACGUUGGUUUUCUUUGACCUGGAGACGACUGGAUUAGACAUCCCACUGUGUGACAUCGUCCAGUUGGCGGCUGUCUGUGCUCAAAGAGAGUUUAAUGCCUACAUGGUGCCCACCCGCCAUUUCUCUCAGAGGGCCUCUGACAUCACCGGAUUCAAGGUCUACAAUGGUGCCCUGUAUCGCAACGGGCAUCCUCUUACCACAGUCUCGCUCUAUGAGGUGCUUUCCUCUUUCAUCGGAUUCCUGCGCUCCUUCCGCCACCCUGUGGUGCUGGCCGCCCACAAUGCCAAGGGUUUUGAUGCGCCUGUGCUGAAAAGAGCGCUGCACCAGUGUAACCUUUUGCAGGAUUUCCAGCAGGUUGUGCACAGUUUUCUGGAUACUUACCUGCUAAGCAAAAAACUCUUUCCUUUUCUGGAGAGAUAUUCUCUGGAGAGUUUGGUAGCCCAGUUCAUUAGAAGAGCCUACAACUCCCAUGAUGCUGUGGAGGACGCCAGAGUGCUGCAAGACCUCUACAGGACAUGGGAUCCUGAAGAACAUGAUCUUCUCGGGUGUACAUUUAAUAUUUUGUAGAAGCCAACAUGGAGACACGAAGAAAGCAAUAUGACAACAAAAAGAAAAAAGUCCAGAAUUCAUUUUAAAACACAAUUUUUAUUCAGAUGGCAUGUUUUUACACUGUCCUUUUGGAAUCAAAAUAAAUAAAUGAAACAAUUUUUGUAACUGCAUAGAAAUAAUGAAUACUUGGCCCUGAAAUCUGUAGGUACUCAAACUGUGAUAUUUCAUAUGAUGUCAUUUGUUUCUGAUGUAACACAUUUCAUGCCGUUUUCUGUUUUUCUCCUAAAUAAAUGAUUAAAUUUACAUUCAAUC